GCCGUCAAAGCCAAAUGCCUGGAAGCUAUAAAGCAUCUCAUCGGAGCUGGCGCCAAUAUCAACGCUACAGAUAUCUAUGGAAACUCUGUCUUACAUUAUGCCGUCAGAAGCGAGAAGGUCGGCAUUGUUAAACAAGUCAUUGACUCUGGAGCAAACGUCAAUGCUAGAAAUCAGUGGAAUCAGACACCAUUGCACUGGGCUAUACAGAGUAGCAAAGAACAAAUUAAUACGUCCCUCAGAGUGGAGAAGGUUCUUCUGGAUUCAGGCGCUGAUGUCAAUGCAACAGAUAGAUUUGGUAAG